CGAGAAACGGCUGUUGGGGGUCGAAAAAAGUGAGGCGUGCCAGCAGCAUCAGCAGCAGCAGCAGCAGCGAGAUCCAACGCGAUAAGUUGGACGACGCGGUGGGACUGUCAAAUCACGACGCUUAUGAUGAAAGGUCCUCGCGCGUCGUGCGAAGGAUUCCUCACGUUCCGUACGAGUCCGUACUCGCCGCCGCCGAUGGUCCGGCACUACUGCCUCUUGAUCGGAACGUGCUUUUACUACUACAGCACACAAGAAGAUGCCGAGCACAUGAUGCGCGUAAAAGGCGAAGUGGACGUCAUCGGCGUCCAGGACUGGGAUGGGAAGGGCAACAUGCACAUCUACACGCACGGGUUUCUCUUUGCCACGGCGCAGAACAAGGUGUUCUACGCGUACGCGGACUCGGCGAUGGACAAGGAAAAGUGGCACCGUGCGAUUCAAAUGAACAUUGAGACCAACGUGCCGGUACUGACGGCGACGCUCCACAGCAGUCCGUCGAGCUGCAGCAGCGACGGCGCCGUGCUGCUGUCCCCAGCGAGCUCCGUCGUGGAACUGGAUAUGCAGUUGAAAUGUCUGCGGUGUCAGCCCUCGGCGGACGACCCAGCCGCGAUCGCGGCGGCGGCGGCGCUGACCAAGUUCAAAUGCUCGAGCUGCGACGCCACCUACUGCGACCGGCACUCGCAGCACAAGCUGCCGCUACCGCAUCGAUCGUACUACUCGGCCAUGCGUAUCUGCGACGACUGCUACCACGCACAAUCGUUUGUUAAUUACAUCAAGGCCAUCAAGCAGCGACUGGACUCGGGGAUUUGCGUGUACCCGCGGCCGCUCAACCCCGACGCGCCCAUCGAGCUCAUCAUGCCCAUGGGGCCAUCGCACACGGAAGCCACCAACAUCGCCAUCGACCUGUUCAAGCAAGGCGCGAUCACGGCCGAGGAAUUUGAGGUGCUGCUGCUAGCUGACAAGCGGUACCUCGAUCACACAGUGGAGCAGCCCGAGAUCCCGCUGGACAUCAAGAUCCUGGGGCUGCAUCGGGAGUUCCGGUCGCCGACGUUCACCGUGUUUCGAGCCAUCAUCCUGCUCCACCAAAACCUGGAGAGCGACCCGCUCGUGUUCAAGCCGAUUGUGGAGAAACUCGUGCAGUUUUCAUUCACCAAGAUCAACGAAGUCGAGUUCUUCUGGCCCCAGCUCGUCCAUGCGUACCUGAACGUGCCCACGUUUGAGUUUGAAAAACUGUUUUGGAUGGAUGACCUGAUCUUGUCCAUCUGCGCGCGGUCGAUUCACUUGGCGCUGCUCCUGAUCUGGCAGCUGCGCGGCGCCGUCGAGGAUGCCGCCGACCCCCAGUCCCCCAUCAAGACCCAGUCCACGUACGCCCGCGUUGUGCGACUCAUUGUCGAGAUCGAAGUGCGCAUCGUGGGGUCGGCCAGGUCCGACGUGCUCACGUCCAAGCGCAUUCUGCCCACCAUGACGGAUGAGCAGUUCCAUUUAGCUGGGCGGAUACUGGACGCGAUCACCGAGUACAGACACCAAGCCGAGCAACAGCACACGGCCGUGGACGACGUCAAGUUUUCCGACUAUUCGUGCUUCCAGCAGCACUUGCUGGGCUCGAUCGUGGCCACUUCGUCCCCUGGCAUGUCGACGCCGACGCCCGUGAAAAGCGUGUCGGACUGGAUCAAACGGUCCGAUUCGUUUCCUCUGCCCAGUGGGGGCCACACAACCCCCCCCCUACCUACCGCCGCCCCCCCCCUCCGCCGGAAAACGUCCAUCUGCGACGCUGACCUAACUGUGCUAUCGACCUACUACAAUGAUGAGUGCGACUUUGUCCAGCAGAUCACGGAUAUUGCCGAGAAGCUCCGGUUCGUCCCCAUCACGGAGCGAAAGCCGAUGCUCGCCAAGCAUCUCGAGACGUUCCAGCUGCCGCGGAUGGCGUACAUUCCGCUGGUCAAGGCAACGGAUCCGUUCGAGCAGAUUGUUCGGCUGCCAUACAACGAAGGCACAGCAUUUAGUACCAAAGCGCGUGUGCCCAUCUUGCUUGUGUUUGAAGUGAUCCGCGGCGUCGGUUCGAGUUUGAACCUUCUGUCCCCGACUACUACUACUAGUAAUACGACUACUACUACUAGUGGUAGUACAAAACCGUUGGCGGGGGGCGCGGCGGCGGCGGCUCCCAGUAGUAGUAGUACAGGUGCCGUGAACCCCCCCGUGGUGUACGACGACGACGACGACGAAGUGCGUCACAUGAUCAACCGGGAAAGCUUGGACAAGAACGAGACGUUGGCGGACGCGACCCCGUCGACCCCGUCGAUUGUGGACACGGACCUGCUGAUGGGGUCCGACGAGGAAGACAGUAUCGACACCCACGACGGAUGCGAAGCUGAAAGCGUCGGGUUUGACCAAGCGAUGGAGUUAUCACAUAUGAGCAUGUCGGAGGAAGUGAUGGAGCGCGAGAAGACCCGCAAGCGCGACUUGGAGGCGGCGUUUGGCGAGUCGUGGGCGUCUAAGCGGGAGCGCAUGAAGGGGCUAAGUCCGAACGGGCACGUUCCUGGCUGGGAUAUUGUGUCGAUGAUUGGCAAAAGCAACGACGACAUGCGACAGGAAGUGUUUACGCUGCAGCUGAUUCAAAAGUUUAUGGACAUCUUCAAGGCAGCGAACUUGCCCAUUUGGCUCAAGGUGUACCGUAUCAUCGCCACGAGCUCGUCCACGGGUAUCAUCGAGACGCUUGUGAACGCGAUAUCGCUCGACGGCCUUAAAAAACGAGACGGGUACGUGUCAUUGCUGCACCACUUUGAAAAGUCGUACGGCCCGCCCGACUCGCCGCGGUUCAUCGAAGCGCAGACGCAGUACAUUCAGUCCAUGGCCGGGUACUCGCUCGUGUCGUACUUUUUGCAAAUCAAGGAUCGACACAACGGCAACAUCAUGCUCGACAACGAAGGCCAUAUCAUCCACAUUGACUAUGGGUUCCUCCUUGGCAUUGCACCCGGCGGAAGCUUUAGCAUCGAAACCGCGCCGUUCAAGUUGACCACGGAAAUGGUUGAAUGCAUGGGCGGCCCCGACUCGGACGGGUUCAAGGAAUAUGUGACACUGUGCACGAGGGGCUUUUUGGCGCUGCAGCAAAACUGCGACGACUUGUGCGACCUAGUGGAAGUCAUGGCGCACCAGUCGCCGUUCCCGUGCUUCUUUCAAAAGGACACGGCCGCCAUCUUGUCGAGGUUCCGAGGCCGGUUCAAAGUGUCCCUGUCCAAGCACGAGGUGGUGUCGCAUAUGCUGUACCUGAUCCGAAAAAGCCAUGGCAACUAUAGCACCAACCAGUACGACAACUUUCAGAGAAUCACCAACGGCAUCCGCCCGUAGUAGCAGCAUGUAGCAGCGUUGUGGCUGUUCUUCGAGUAAUAUAUACAGACAGCAACCCCCCCGAAA